AAGUCCACAGUAAGCGGUUAGAGUCAAAGUGGAUCCUUCGUCCGCAUCCUUGCGAAUUUUCCAGUUCUCCUAUUGAAGCCAUCCCUCUUGCCCACCACCAGCUGAAGCCCGACUGCUUCUCCGUGACCAGCGACAGGAUAACUAUGAAAAUCACAGCUCUCUAUGUGUAUCCCAUCAAGGGCCUGCGUGGGAUCGAACUCUCUUCAGCCCAGGUCGGGCCGCGGGGCAUAAGGCAUGAUCGCCACUUCAUGCUGUUUCAGGUGCACCCAGCGACGGGUGAGUUGAAAAAAGUGCAGGUGGAUUCGCAUCCACGGUGUGCCUUAUUCGAGCAGCGGUUUGCUUCCGAUGCGCCCGGUGAUGAUGGCUCGACUAUCAUCGUUCGCUACCUCGGUGAUCUAGCCGGAGAGUCAGGGGCCACGGACGAGGAUGGAUCGCUCAGAGUUCCCCUGGAGCCGGAUAUCUCGAGUCUGGAGAAAAUCGAGGUCGUCCUGCAUGGCAGUUCAACGGCAGCCUAUCGCAUGGGCGAUCCGUAUGACACCUGGUUCAGUCACCGCUUCGGCUUCCGCGCGAUCCUGGUGUUCCUCGGUGAUGGAAGAAGAGCAGUGCUGGGCAAGACAUUGCCGCCCAAACCGACACCGGAACGACAGCAACAAAACCAGGGAUGGAUUACGUCCUUGGUCUCCUACAUCACGGGUGCCCAGCGAUCCAGCGAGAUGGAGGGGCCAUGGUUGACGUUCGCCGAUGUGGCCCCCUUGCUGGUAACAUCCGAGUCGUCCUUGAAAGAUGUGCGGGACCGCCUCCUCGGCGGCCGGCCUGUGGAGAUGUACAAGUUCCGACCCAACGUCGUCGUCGACGGCGAGGGUGAGGAGCCCUGGGCUGAAGACUUUUGGGCCGAGCUCGCCAUUACUCCCGGGCGAGCCGAGCACGGGGACAGCACCGUCCGAAACACACUGCUGUUGACGGGCAACUGCCUGCGAUGCACCAGCCUCAACGUGGAUUACCAGACGGGGAAACCCGCAGUCGACGAGACGGGACAGGUUCUCAAGAAGCUGAUGAAGGAUCGAAGGGUUGAUUCGGGGUCGAAGUGGUCGCCCGUCUUUGGCAGGUACGCCUUUCUUGGUGGCAGUGGCCGCGAAGGCUUCACGGUGUCCGUCGGCGACAAGGCAGAAGUGACUCGGCGCAAUACGGAGCGAAGUGUUUGGGACUGGCCGGGCCUGUGAAACCGACACGCUUAACUACCGCAUCCAGGGGUCACGCAGGCGCUGGGUGCAAGUAAUCAAAGUUCUACUGAUUUUCAGAGCGCCACCAUGUACCCAAACGAGCCGGCGAACCUGCCGUGACCGGGACACCCCCGAGACACUCACCCUUCAGCUUCUCUGCUAGUUAUCCGAGGAUCCCGAGACUCUACAAGGCGAAACGAACGUAUCGGC